AUGGGCGACGAGGAUACGCUUGUUGUUGCUGCGGAGGGUCUAGGCUCCGAUGAACUGCUAGCACUUCAUCAGCAGGACAAAAUCAACGACAAGGUGACUGUGGAGACGAGAAGUACUCAACUGGAAACGCUCCCGUCAGAGGUAACGACGGACUCACUUCCAUCAAGUCCACCUGAAACUCCACAACCCGGACUCAGUACCCAAGAGAUACCAAAGGCUUUCGCAAGAAUGCCGUUCAGCUCCUCGCCAGUACUGUACCCAGCGAGCUCAUCACCAGCACCUGUAGUCACGAAGAAGCGGAAGCUGUUUCAGACGUUGGGUCCUUUGCCGGAUACCAAAAAACUCAAGACCUCUGAACUUCCUGGCCAGGAUGAGCGCUCCGCGAGUCCACGAUCUUUCAAGGUCAUUGCAGAGCCUGUCCAGACGAAACCCGUGGAAGACAUAGUUGAUAUCGACGACAUCCUUCCCCGAGACGCAUCAUUACCGGAACCAGAUCUUCCCGCGCUGCUGCAGACUGGAUCUCGGCCUCUGCUGCGGAACAGACUCAAGGCUGCUGGCCUUGAUGCUUCAACAAGCAACGGCAUAGCCUUUAAGAUUGCCCUCCGACCAACCUCGAAAGCAGUCAGCUACGAGCAACUGGUUGCGCAACGUUCCAGCACCACAGAAGGCCGUGCAGUCAAGUCGUUCUAUGGCAUCGAGAUCCACAAGCUAGUGAAAGACGCUGAAAUUCAACGCCAGCUGGAUGAAGCGCGAGUUGAGUACGAAGAACAGGAAUCGCUCCGGCAGGUGGCGGUGGAAGAGCGACCUGUCUCUCGUGGGUCUAUUACUUCAAAUGGUCAGACCAAAAACGACAAAACUCACCUUAUGUGGACCGAAAAGUACCGAGCUCGAAAGUUCACAGAGCUCGUCGGCGAUGAGCGAACACACCGCUCGGUAUUGAGAUGGCUAAAAGGCUGGGACGAGAUUGUGUUCCCAGGAAACGACAAACCCAAGAAGAAGCGCAUCUUCGAAGACAAAGACGUUGCCGCACAGACCCAGCGCAAGAUCCUGCUUCUGACCGGCCCUCCUGGCCUCGGCAAAACGACUCUGGCACACGUAUGCGCGAAGAAAGCAGGCUACGAAACCCUCGAAAUCAACGCCAGCGACGACCGAAGCCGCGAUGUGGUCCGAGGCCGAAUUAAGGACAUCCUAGGCACCGAAAACGUCCGCGGCAUCAAAGACACAGACAACAAACGCAAAGCCGGCAAACCAGUGUGCGUCGUAGUCGACGAGGUCGACGGCGUCACAACCGGCUCCGGCUCCGGCGGCGAAGGCGGCUUCAUGAAAGCUCUUAUCGAUCUGAUCCAACUCGACCAGCAGAACUCCAACAGCGAGAGCAACGCCCUCGGCGUGAAGUCACGCAAGAAGAAAAGCGAUAAGUUCCGCAUGCGUCGACCACUGAUCCUCGUGUGCAACGACGUCUACGCGCCAUCACUACGUCCCCUGAGAAGCUCCUCCCUAGCCGAGAUCAUUCACGUACGCAAGCCUGCGCUGGACAAAGUCAUCUCGCGACUGAAGACGUCUUCGACAAGCGCAUGGGGCAUGGGUACGCGCAAACAGAACAGCCUUGGUGGCCAGGGUGCCGGCGAGGGCGACCUCCGAGGCAUCUUCGUGCAGGCGGAAUGGAUGGCGCAUAAAUUCCAAGCAACGAACCGCACUACCACUGGCACAAAACCACGACUAACGCGCAAAUGGGUCGAGAUCCAGAUGGGCGAAGCCCACUCCUCCACCGCCACUCACAAAGGCCUCGGCCGCGGCGGCACGCGCGAAGUUGUGGAUCGGAUCUUCAUCGAAGGCGCCGGCCUACCCGACCUCCCAACCGCCCUUUCCGCCGAGGACGCCCGCCUCGUCGCUGAGUCCAGAACCACCGCUGCUGUCGGCGUAGCAGACGUCCGCAAACGCGCCGCCAUCGCCGCCCUCCGGCACAUGGCUUUCCAGGAUGAUACAUUGCUUUCGAAGCCGAAUGCGGCGUACGAAUGGCUGCACUUCCACGAUCGCCUCUCUAGUCGGUUGUACGGCGGGCAGGAAUGGGAGUUGGGCCCGUACAUGAAUACUUCGGCGUGCGCGUUUCAUACAUUGUUCGCGAGCGUGGACAAGGGCACCAGGGCUUGGGGGGUGAAUGAGCAGUACAACAGUCGGGAAGAGGAUGCUAAUAGCGCGGCAGCGCCGCACCCUUACAGCGGUUCAAGGGCGGACUUUGUGGCUUAUGAAGCGGAGAAGCAGAAUAAGGCGAUCCUCACGGAACUGCAAUCCUCGUUUCCGGGACCGCUGUUGAGGCUGUUCAGCUCGGUGGACAAUAUCGCGACGGAACUUGUGCCGGCUGCGAAUCGCAUGUUGUCGCCGGAUAUCAAGCCUGUCGUUAUUGGUGGGCACGGCGGGAGUGGAGGGUCAGUGGCGAGUGUAAGAAAGGAGAGUGAGAAGAGGUGCGUGCAGAUCGGUGUCGGGGUCAUGCAUGCAUUGCAGCUCAAGUUCGAGAAGGUGAAGCUUGAGUUGGACGCCAAUGCUGGACCCGUGGGCGGGAGGGCGACGUUUGCGUAUCGGAUGGAGCCACCGCUAGACGCACUGAACACAUACCACUUCGCCAUACCCGACAGCACUGACCCAAACACAGCAGCAGUGGUCCCGACAUCACACAAUCCAACCCGCUACGCAGUCCGCCAGGUCCUCGAGCAGGAGCUGCACAAGGAGAAGAUCUUGCAGAGCUCAUUGGCGAGUCAGAAUCGCUCUGGCAGCCUCAACGGGAGCAGCAGCAGUGUUUAUCGUGGGAAGGAGAACACGGAGCCUACUAACGCCGCUAUGGAGACGGCGACAGCAGCGCGCAAAGACGAUGUCAAGCGGGAUUUCUUCGGACGACCAAUUGCAACUCGGCAGGACAGCCAGUCAUCCGAGGGCGGUAAGAAUGGUAAGGCUGCGCCGAGGAAGCAAGCAGAACCUGUGACGGAGAAGGACAGGGUGUGGGUGAGCUUCAACGAGGGGUUUUCGAAUGCGGUGAGGCGACCGAUCACGUUGAGGGAGUUGAUGGAUGGGUUCUGA